CUAUAGCAUGUGACGUCACAGUUCCGCGACGGGAGGCUUCUGACGUCUGAGUUAGCUGCCCGGCACGUGUUACGGAGGUAGAAGUUAUCGGCGCUGCGGAAGUUUUAAACAGCGAUCGGGGACGGAGGGCAGUGUUAAGAACAUCAGGACUGUGUGGUGCCAAAGGGACCUAAAAUACAAUAAAGAUGACUUCACUCGCGCAACAGUUGAAACGGCUGGCACUGCCACAGACUGACCCAAGUUUGUACAAUCGGAAAGAGGUCGCCUCCCUUCUCUUUGAACCAAAGGAAGCUGCAGAAAUUGACCAAGACACGUUCUUUGCUAUUGGAUGCACUGGCCUAGACGAGUUGAUGGGUAUUGAUUCGUCCUUUGAACCUUUUCAGGAAUCUCUCUUCGGUCUAUCCUCUAAAAGUUUGCAGCGUAGCGUUCAGACAAAAGCUGUGAAUGAGCAACUGGAUGAGACUAUUGGAAAAUUCCUUAUUCAUCUUUCUCCGUACUUCAUGCUAAAGCCUGGACAGAAGUGCCUGGAGUGGCUUAUCCAUAGAUUUCACAUCCACCUCUACAACCAAGACAGUCUGAUAGGCUGCAUUCUGCCAUAUCAUGAAACGAAAGUGUUUGUCCGGGCUGUUCAGCUCCUGAAGAUCAGCGAACCAACUCACAAAUGGCAUUGGCUCCAUGCUAUCCAGAAACCUGGUGUCCCUCUUGCAAGAGGUACACUAAUCACACAUUGCUACAAGGAUAUGAACUUCAUGGAAUUCAUUUGUAAUUUGGUUACCAGAUCUGUUAAGGAGUUUUCUGAAGUGGCAGAAAGCUCAGCACAGCUCAGAGUUCUUCUAUCUUUCUAUGUUUCUACAAUAGUGGCUGCAUUAGAUGCUGUAGAGAAAGUUUCUGAUACUUUUAUUGCAAAACUUCUCCCGUACAUUCAGAAGGGUUUAAAGUCCUCCCUGUUGGAUUACAAAGCUGCUACAUACAUGAUAAUCUGCGAAUUAGCAGUAAAGACUGUGAUGGCUCCUUCAUUAGUGAAAGCCCUGGCAUCACAGGUCACGCGAACCCUUCCUAAAACACUAUCUUUGGUUCGCGAUGGGAUCAGUUGUUUAAUUGUCCUUCUGCAGAGUCAAGAGACAAACAAUUUGGGAAAGAAGCCAUUUGUUAACCUCUGCAAAGUGUCAGAGAUAGUUCCCAUGCUACAGGAGAUAGCAAACUUGUAUGAGACCACCUCCCUGCUGACUUAUUUGUUGCCAAAUCUGAUAUGCUCGGUUAUUCACGCAUCAGAAGAGGACAGCACAGAAGAGCCGAGUAAAGAUCUAUGUAAAAGCCACCUUGAAGCAAUACUUGGCAACAUAGUGCUCGAGAAGGAUUUAAACAAGCUUGUAGCUCGCACAUUCUUAGAGGAAUUCCUUUCAUAUGGAGAGAUGCACCAAACUGAGCCUCACAAAAUGUCUGAACUUAGCCAGGGCCUCCUUCCUCUCAUCAGACUUUUUGAAAGCAAAUACCCGGCAGCCCUUGAUUCUGUUUUGGAGGAUCAUCUAAAGGAUGUUGGAGAUCAGGAGAAUCAAACUUUAUUCCAUCAGUUUAUAACACUCUCCACCAGUGGUGGAAAAUAUGAGCUACUGGCAGACUGUGACACCACCCUCUUGCUCAGCUUGAAUCACCCGCAGCCUGCAGUGAGACACAUUGCUCUGAAACAUCUGAAGGACAUCAUAGAGACAUCUAAGGCAGGCUUUGAUGAGGCCUUUAUUCAGGAAUCCAUUUUAUCUCGUCUUGCAGAUGAUAACCUGGAGGUUGUACUGUCUGCUUUGAAUGUUUUUAAAAUGUAUCACUCCCAUUUCAGCUCAGAAGUUACAGUCUCAAAUCUGCUUGCUCUCGUUGAUCGUGUUGACCUCUCCCAAGAUGGUGGCUGGUACAAAGCUCUGGAAGAAGCCGUAAGCCUGAUCCAGGAGACCCCCAUCAAAGAGAAUCCAGAGCUCUGUACUAGAGUGGUGAUGACCAUAAUUCCUUACAUGGUAUUGACAAAUACUGAUCCUAACUCUGCUGAAAGGAAAAUGUCAGUUUUUCUAGCAAAGAGUGAUAUAUGUAACCUGCACCCAUUGCUGAAGGAUUGGCCAGAAGCAUUUGACCGAAUCUUAAAGGAAGCUGAAGCUACACAGCUAAUUGGCCUAGCAAACAGUAAAAUGGCCCAACUGAUCUCAGAAAAAUUAAAAACUACAGAUACCGCAGCAUUACAGCUGGUGGAGAAUGUGGUGCAGGUGGUUGAAAGAGAGCCUGUUACUGUGAGACAGAAAGUGGCCUCUUUUGUGCUCACCCAUGCCCUGGUACUUGGAUGUAAUGGCUUUCGAGAUCUGGAACUGGAGGCACAAAUUAAAGUGUUCCAUCUUCUUGAGAAGAGGCUGAGAAGAAUGGAAACUUUUACAGAGGACAUCCCUGAGAAGUGGAAUCUGGACCACAUAAAUCAGAAUAAGUUGCUUGUACAGCUGCUGUCUGACUAUGUAGAUGAGCUUAAUAAAGGACGCACAGCAUACGUUGAAGAAAAUAUUUUACUGAUGCUGCUGCUUAAAAACUUAAUAUGCAAUCUCAUCUGCCCCAAAUCAUUCCCUAAAGGUAAUAUUUGGUGGAAUCCCGAGACUAUGGACAAAACAUGCAGAAACUACUUGCGGCUUCUCAUUGGUCUCUUUGAUGUGAUAAUCUGGGGUGCAAGUGAAGGAGUUUGUACCAACUUCAGGCUUCUAAUGGGUUACUUAUACAAGGAACAUUUAAAAAGUCACGAGGAUCUCUUCAACUUCCUCUCCGUCUUGUGGACCUAUAGUUGUAAUCUUUCUGAUCCUUUGAGCUGCUCUGUAAAUGCAGUGCUGCACACUCGGGCACUUUACAUAGGCAAUACAUUGCUUGCCUCCCAGCCGACUCUGAAAAAAAAACAACUGCUUUCCGUGUCUUCACCAGUGAUGGUGUCUUUGCUGAUCAACUUGACAAGUCCUAUAAGGGAAGUGCGCAGAGCCGCAAUGAGUUGUCUACAAACGCUCAGCUUUGUGAGGGAUUCUCCAUUACUGCCAGUUGUACAGUGUCUGGUGCAGAGAACUGAAGAGAUAGUUGCAGACUCUGCUUAUGUUAUUCAGACAUUAGGGGGCAUUUUUGAGGAGCUACAAGUGCCAGGCUCAAACAAAAGUUCACAGAAAAUGUCAAAUGCAUUGGAACAGAUAAUUGGCAUUCUCCAGUCCCCAAGCUGCCCAUCCUACAUUGGCAAAGCACUGAUGAAAGCUCUUCAAGGAGUCAAUGGCAAGACCCCUCUAGCUCUGGUAUUACCUGUAAUUGAGAGAUUGCUUGAGAAACUUACGUCUGCAUCAAGUGAAUUGCUGGAAGAUGAAGCUAUUCUACUCCAUCUACUUCUUGCAAAGUUCAAUGAACAUUCUGUGAGCCUCUUGCCCCAAAACUCUCAAAGCCUGGACAUAUUCCUAAAAGCUUUGAACAACAACCAAGUUGUUUAUGUGGGUAUUCCCUCUACCCAAAUCACCGCACUUGGACAAAUCAACAAGGCAUUCUUUGCUGCAUUAGAUGAUGGCAGUGUUCAACAGAAGCUAUUGGCUACUCUCUUUGAUUUGCUGCUUAACAGUAAAGAUGCUGCUUGUUCUCAGGCUGUUAGCAGUGCAUUUAAGUCGAUUUCCAUCCAUGCUGAGCAUAUCAGUGCAGAACUGGGACCUCCUGGAAAAGACAAAAGUGUAUCUACUGUUCGUCAAACCAGGAGGCAGAAGAUGCAGCAGCAGCAACAACAACAAAGGAAAUCCCAAGGACAAGAAGCAACAUCAGGAGAAGGAAACAUCAACUGGCCCAGAAUAACCCUCAUUCUGGAACUUCUUCAGCACAAGAAGAAACUCAGAGAGCCACAACUUUUAGUUCCUUCCCUUUUUUACCUGCUGUCAAGGUGCCUUGAACCUUCAACUACAGAACAGACCAGUUUGGAAUAUACAAAGCAGCUGAUCCUUAGCUGUCUGCUUAAUAUCUGUCAGAAGAUCUCAUUGGAAGAGGACAAAGAGCCCAAAGAAGUCCUUGAUGAGGAAAAGUUCAAUGUGGAACUAAUAGUUCAAUGUGUGAGGACUUCAGAGAUGCCCCAAACUCAUCAUCACGCUCUGCUUCUCCUGGGAGCCGCUGCUGGAAUCUUCCCGGAUAAAGUUCUACACAACAUCAUGCCUAUAUUUACAUUCAUGGGAGCCAGUGUGAUGCGACUGGAUGAUAACUACAGUUUCCAGGUUAUUAGCAAGACUGUUCAGACUGUUAUCCCUGCGCUUAUUCAGGCUGGUGAAAAUGCAUCUGAAGAGACCAAAGAUGACUUGGAAGAAGUGGUCAGAAACAUUAUCCAUGUCUUUGUGGAUGCUCUGCCUCACGUUCCAGAUCACCGCCGUGUGCCCAUUUUGUCACAGCUCAUAGAAAUUGUUGGGACACUGCGAUUCCUUUGGGUGCUUUUAGUCCUCCUCUUCCAGCAACAUGUGACCAAGACAGUCACCAUGGCAAUCAAUGGAGAAAAGGAUGCUGUGUUGGAAAGGGACACAGAACUCUGGGUUUCUGUUUGCUGCGAAUUCGGUGUUCAUGAGCAGCUUCAGAGUUUGAUCAAGCUGCUUCAAUUUCUUGCCAAACUCCCUGAAAAUAAAAAUGAAGAUGAUAAAGAGGAAAAGAAAAGCAGAACCCAGAAGCAAAAACCUCAGGAAGCUGGAAUCCAUCUCUUUAGUGUGGAGACUCUCUCUGCCAAGGAGCUGCGUCACUUUAAAUUCUUGUCUGUAUCCUUCAUUGCUCAGCUUCUGGCUUCCAACACUUUUGUGGGCAAGGUUGUUAACUGUCAAGCUGCAGAACAAUUAGAAGAAUCAGAACAAAGGUUACUGGAAGAAGUCCUCUGCUAUAUCAAUCUAAUAGCUGCCUCAGUAGAAAACAAUGCGGACAAACCCACUGCAAAAUUCUGGCGGGCACUUCUCAAUAAAUCUUAUGAGAUGCUGGACAAGGUGAAUGCAUUGCUUCCUACUGAAACCUUUAUCCCAGUGAUUAGAGGUCUCAUGUCCAAUCCAAUGCCUUCUGUACGGCGCAAAGCAAUGGAUCUCCUAAAUAACAAGCUACAGCAUCGCACAAGGUGGCAGGAAGAACAGAUUGAGUUGAUGCUGGGCCUCAUUAAGGAUCUGCUUUCCAUUGUACAUCGCAAACCAAAUGUGGAGGAGGAAGAGCAGGCAAUUAACAGACAGACUGCCCUGUACAGCUUGAAGCUUCUCUGCAAAUGUUUUGGCCCCGAGAGACAGCAGGUGUUUGUGCCUGUUCUAAAUGCUGCCGUUGACCUCGUUUCUGCAGAUGAGCCAGAAGAGAAGAAUGUGCUGGGCAGUGCUCUGCUGUGCAUUGCUGAGAUUACCAGCACCAUCAAAGCUUUGGCCAUCCCACAGUUACCCAGAUUAAUGCCAGCUCUAUUGUCUACUCUGAAGCAUAAGAAGGAAUUGCUCACCAGUGAGAUACAUCUUCUCAGCACGGUGACUGCACUGCAGAAAGUGGUGGAGACUCUGCCUCACUUCCUUAGUCCAUAUCUGCAAGAGUCCGUUUUACAGGUUACCCACCUUGACAAAAUUGCAAUUAAAGUUGGUCCAACAUCUCAGCUGUCUGCAAGAGUGACGGUAUUAAAAUCCACUUUAUCAACAAAACUGGCUGCCAGGGUUCUCCUUCCAGCCAUCACCAAGUGUUAUUCUCUAGUGGUGGAAUCUCAGCAGAAUUGCUUGGGGUCUCUGAUGGAUAUCCUGAAGGAGCACAUAGCUAUUAUGGAGAAGCAAGAGCUCUCCUCUCACCAGUCGGAGCUCACUGCUUUCUUCUUGAAGGCUCUAGAUUUCAGAACUGAACAUUCAGAGAAGGAUCUGGAGCAAGUGGGUACCAAUGAGGGACAUAUCAUUAACUGUCUCCUCGUUAUGGUGAUGAAGCUUUCGGAGGUCACAUUCAGACCUCUCUUCUUCAAGCUUUUUGAUUGGGCAAAAACCGAUGACUCAUCAAAAGACAGACUCCUGACCUUCUGCCGUCUGGCAGACUGCAUUGCCGAUAAACUGAAAGGGCUCUUCACACUGUUUGCUGGCCAUUUAGUAAAGCCUUUCGCUGAAAUCUUGAUUCAAACUAAUACCAUAAAAACAGAUAAACCGUUUUUUGACUCAGAAAACAACACUGAAAAGAGCUGCUUGUUACUGGACUUUGUGAUCCACUGUCUGCACAAAAUCUUUCUGUAUGAUAACCAGCAUUUUCUGAGCAAGGAGAGAACGGAAGCAUUAAUGAUGCCCUUGGUAGAUCAGCUUGAAAAUUUGCUUGGAGGGGAUGAAAAAUUCCAUGCAAGAGUGAGCGAGAGCUUGAUACCGUGCAUAGCCCAGUUCUCAGUUGCAAUGGCAGAUGACUCCCUGUGGAAGCCUCUCAACUAUCAGAUACUCUUGAAAAUGCGACAUUCUUCUCCCAAGGUUCGUUUUGCAGCACUGCUGGCUUUGAUCGAUUUAGUUGAAAAGCUCAAAGAGAAUUACAUGGUCCUGCUGCCUGAAUCCAUCUCUUUCCUUGCAGAACUCAUGGAAGAUGAAUGUGAGGAGGUAGAACAGCAAUGCCAGAAAACAAUAAAACAGCUGGAAAUAAUUUUGGGAGAAUCACUUCAAAGCUAUUUUUGAAGGGCGAUAUAAAGGACAAAAAAAAUGGUUCCUGAGCUUGUGCAUUAUGAGGACUGAACUUUUUGAAGCAAAUGUGAAAGAUGUUAACCUGACCAGCGACAGCAAGUACUGGUACAAAGCUAUGGACACUCGUGCUACUUUAAAGCACCAGUAAGCUUUGUUGGCUAUGUCACUAUUAUGGGGUCCCCCUUAUAGUCCUGCUCCCCAUUUAAACUGCUAUAAACCCCACACCAAAUGACAAAACAAAGUUAGAGAAUUGCUUGUUAACAUGUAAGAUAAAAUAAAUUGGAUAUAUACGA